AUGAUAUUCCUGGCAUUUCCAUUGGAUCAACAUGUUGAAGCAAUUCCUUCUGGAUACUAUGAUAAAUUAAUUGAGAUAGAUGAACCAUUAAAAACAGUCGAUGUAGAAGAAACAAAAGAACCAGGAGAAUCACUUUUAGAAAAAGGAAAACAUUUAAGAGAUGAUAUUCUUGGAAUGUUUAAAAAGGGUCAUAGUGAUUACCCAGUUUCUGAACCAUUUACAGGCAAAUUAGAAGAAACUAAACCUUCAUCUGAAUUAUCUGGUGUACCAUUAGAGCAACAUGUUGAAGUAAUUCCUACUGGCUACUAUGAUAAAUUAAAUGAGAAAGAUAGACCAUUAAAAACAGUGGAUGUAGAAGAAAAAAGAGAACCAGGGGAAUCACUUUUAGAUAAAGGAAAACAUUUGAAAGACGAAAUUUUCGAAGUAUUUAAAAAAGACUACAGUGAUUAUCCAGUCUCAGAAGCUUAUCUUGGUGAAAUUGAUAACAUUAAUAAACAAUCUGAUCUUGAUCAACAACCGAUAGGCUCACAAGUUUCUAAAUAUCAUGUUGGAUAUUAUGGUACAGUAGAAAAACCAAAAGAAGAAACAAAAAUAAUUCAAAAGGAGCCAAGUGAUUCUGGGGACAAAAAAGGAAGAUUUGCCAAGAUUACUAGUAUUUUCAGAGAAAAAUCAAUUGAUUAUCCAGUAGAUUCAGAACCAUAUAGUGGUAAAAUAGAAGAAACUAAGCCUUCUUCUGAAUUAACUGGAGUUUCACUACAACAACAUGUUGAAGCAAUUCCUUCUGAAUACUAUGAUAAAUUAAUUGAGAAAGAUGAACCAGUAAAAACAGUUGAAGUAGAAGAAAUCAAAGAACCACAAGAAUCACUUUUAGAAAAAGGAAAACAUUUAAGAGAUGAUAUUCUUGGCAUGUUUAAAAAGGGUCAUAGUGAUUACCCAGUUUCUGAACCAUUUACAGGCAAAUUAGAAGAAACUAAACCUUCAUCUGAAUUAUCAGGAGUUCCAUUGGAUCAACAUGUUGAAGCAAUUCCUUCUGGAUACUAUGAUAAAUUAAUUGAGAAAGAUGAACCAUUAAAAACAGUCGAUGUAGAAGAAACAAAAGAACCAGGAGAAUCAUUUUUAGAAAAAGGAAAACAUUUGAAAGACGAAAUUCUCGGAGUAUUUAAAAAAGAUUACAGUGAUUAUCCAUUUUCAGAGCCUUACCUUGGAGAAAUUGAUAACAUUAAUAAACAAUCUGAUCUUGAUCAACAACCGAUAGAUUCUCAAGUCUCAAAAUAUCAUGUUGGAUAUUAUGGAACAAUAGAAAAACCAAAAGAAGAAACAAAAGUAAUUCAAAAGGAACCAAGUGAUUCUGGUGACAAAAAAGGAAGAUUUGCCAAGAUUACUAGUAUUUUCAGUGGAAAAACAGUUGAUUAUCCAGUAGAUUUAAAACCAUUUAAAGGUAAAUUAGAAAAAACUAAGCCUUCAUCUGAAUUAUCAGGUGUGCCAUUAGAGCAACAUGUUGAAGCAAUUCCUACAGGAUACUAUGAAAAAUUAGUUGAAAAAGAUGAACCAUUAAAAAAAGUUGAUGUAAAAGAAAUUAAAGAAUCAGGAGAAUCAUUUUUAGAAAAAGGAAAACAUCUUAAAGAUGAUAUUCUUGGAAUGUUUAAAAAGGGUCAUGGUGAUUACCCAGUCUCUGAACCAUAUAUUGGUAAAUUAGAAGAAACUAAACCUUCAUCUGAAUUAUCAGGAGUUCCAUUGGAUCAACAUGUUGAAGCAAUUCCUUCUGGUUACUAUGAUAAAUUAAUUGAGAAAGAUGAACCAUUAAAAACAGUUGAAGUAGAAGAAAAAAGAGAACCAGGAGAAUCACUUUUAGAAAAAGGAAAACAUUUAAAAGACGAAAUUCUUGGAAUGUUUAAAAAAGAUUAUGGAGAUUACCCAGUUUCUGAACCAUAUAUUGGUAAACUAGAAGAAACGAAACCUUCAUCUGAAUUAACUGGAUUUCCACUACAACAACAUGUUGAAGGAAUUCCUACAGGAUACUAUGAUAAGUUAAUUGAAAAAGACGAAACAUUAGAAACAGUUAAAGAAGAAGAAAUUAAAGAACCAGGAGAAUCAAUUUUAGAAAGAGGAAAGCAUCUAAAAGAUGAUAUUCUUGGAAUGUUUAAAAAGGGUCAUGGUGAUUACCCAGUCUCUGAACAAUUUACUGGCAAAUUAGAAGAAACUAAACCUUCAUCUGAAUUAUCUGGUGUACCAUUAGAGCAACAUGUUGAAGUAAUUCCUACUGGCUACUAUGAUAAAUUAAAUGAGAAAGAUAGACCAUUAAAAACAGUGGAUGUAGAAGAAAAAAGAGAACCAGGGGAAUCACUUUUAGAUAAAGGAAAACAUUUGAAAGACGAAAUUUUCGAAGUAUUUAAAAAAGACUACAGUGAUUAUCCAGUCUCAGAAGCUUAUCUUGGUGAAAUUGAUAACAUUAAUAAACAAUCUGAUCUUGAUCAACAACCGAUAGGCUCACAAGUUUCUAAAUAUCAUGUUGGAUAUUAUGGUACAGUAGAAAAAUCAAAAGAAGAAACAAAAAUAAUUCAAAAGGAGCCAAGUGAUUCUGGGGACAAAAAAGGAAGAUUUGCCAAGAUUACUAGUAUUUUCAGAGAAAAAUCAAUUGAUUAUCCAGUAGAUUCAGAACCAUAUAGUGGUAAAUUAGAAGAAACUAAACCAUCAUCUGAAUUAUCAGAUGUACCAUUAGUGCAAUAUGUUGAAGCAAUUCCUACAGGAUACUAUGAAAAAUUAGUUGAAAAAGAUGAACCAUUAAAAACAGUUGAUGUAAAAGAAAUUAAAGAACCAGGAGAAUCACUUUUAGAAAAAGGAAAACAUCUUAAAGAUGAUAUUCUUGGAAUGUUUAAAAAGGGUCAUGGUGAUUACCCAGUCUCUGAACCAUAUAUUGGUAAAUUAGAAGAAACUAAACCUUCAUCUGAAUUAUCAGGAGUUCCAUUGGAUCAACAUGUUGAAGCAAUUCCUUCUGGAUACUAUGAUAAAUUAAUUGAGAAAGAUGAACCAUUAAAAACAGUUGAAGUAGAAGAAAAAAGAGAACCAGGUGAAUCACUUUUAGAUAAAGGAAAACAUUUGAAAGACGAAAUUCUCGGAGUAUUUAAAAAGGAUUACAGUGAUUAUCCGGUUUCAGAGCCUUACCUUGGAGAAUUUGAUAACAUUAAUAAACAAUCUGAUCUAGAUGAGCAACCGAUAGAUUCACAAGUCUCAAAAUAUCAUGUUGGAUAUUAUGAAACAACAGAAAAACCAAAAGAAGAAACAAAAGUAAUUCAAAAAGAACCAAGUGAUUCUGGGGACAAAAAAGGAAGAUUUGCCAAGAUUACUAGUAUUUUCAGUGGAAAAUCAGUUGAUUAUCCAGUAGAUUCAGAACCAUAUAGUGGUAAAUUAGAAAAAACUAAGCCUUCAUCUGAAUUAUCAGGUGUACCAUUAGACCAACAUGUUGAAGCAAUUCCUACAGGACACUAUGAAAAAUUAGUUGAAAAAGAUGAACCAUUAAAAACAGUUAAAGUAGAAGAAAUUAAAGAACCAGGAGAAUCAUUUUUAGAAAAAGGAAAACAUUUGAAAGACGAAAUUCUCGGAAUGUUUAAAAAGGGUCAUAGUGAUUACCCAGUCUCUGAACCAUACAUUGGUAAAUUAGAAGAAACUAAACCUUCAUCUGAAUUAUCAGGAGUUCCUUUGGAUCAACAUGUUGAAGCAAUUCCUUCUGGAUACUAUGAUAAAUUAAUUGAAAAAGAUAUACCAUUGAAAACAGUUGAUGUAAAAGAAAUUAAAGAACCAAGUGAAUCACUUUUAGAAAAAGGAAAACAUUUGAAAGAUGAAAUUCUUGGAGUAUUUAAAAAAGACUACAUUGAUUAUCCAGUUUCAGAGCCUUAUCUUGGUGAAAUUGAUAAUAUUAAUAAACAAUCUGAUCUUGAACUAAACCCAAUAGAUUCACAAGUUUCUAAAUAUCAUGUUGGAUAUUAUGGGACGUUAGAAAAACCAAAAGAAGACACGAAAGUUAUUCAAAAGGAACCAAGUGAUUCUGGGGACAAAAAAGGAAGAUUUGCCAAGAUUACUAGCAUUUUUAGUGGAAAAUCAGUUGAUUAUCCAGUAGAUUUAGAACCAUAUAAAGGUAAAUUAGAAGAAGCAAAACCUUUGUCUGAAUUAACGAGAGUUCCACUACAACAACAUGUUGAAAAAAUUCCUACAGGAUACUAUGAAAAACUAGUAAUGGAAGAAAAAGUUGACGGCUUACCAAAGAGUGAUGAUAAAGAAAUAACAAAAGAACCAGGAGAAACGCUUUUGGAAAAAGGAAAGCAUCUUAAAGAUGAUAUUCUUGGAAUGUUUAAAAAGGGUCAUGGUGAUUACCCAGUUUCUGAACCAUAUAAAGGUAAAUUAGAAGAAACCAAACCUUCAUCUGAAUUAACUGGAGUUCCUCUACAACAACAUGUUGAAGUAAUUCCUACUGGCUACUAUGAUAAAUUAAUUGAGAAAGAUGAACCAUUAAAAACAGUCGUUGUAGAAGAAUUUAAAGAACCAGUAGAAUCGCUUUUAGAAAAAGGAAAACAUUUGAAAGACGAAAUUUUUGGUAUGUUUAAAAAGGGUCAUGGUGAUUACCCAGUCUCUGAACCAUACAUUGGUAAACUAGAAGAAACUAAACCUUCAUCUGAAUUAUCAGGUGUUCCAUUGGAUCAACAUGUUGAAACAAUUCCUACAGGAUACUAUGAUAAAUUAAUUAAAAAAGAUGAUAUAUUAAAAACAGUCGAUGUAGAGGAAAUUAAAGAACCAGGAGAAUCGCUUUUAGAAAAAGGAAAACAUUUGAAAGACGAAAUUCUUGGAGUAUUUAAAAAAGACUACAGUGAUUAUCCAGUUUCAGAACCAUAUCUUGGAACAAUUCAUAACAUUAAGAAACAAUCUGAUCUUGAUCAACAAGCGAUAGAUUCUCAAGUCUCAAAAUAUCAUGUUGGAUAUUAUGGAACGUUAGAAAAACCAAAAGAAGAAACAAAAGUAAUUCAAAAGGAACCAAGUGAUUCUGGUGACAAAAAAGGAAGAUUUGCCAAGAUUACUAGUAUUUUCAGUGGAAAAUCAAUAGAUUAUCCAGUAGAUUCGGAACCAUAUAGUGGUAAAUUAGAAGAAACUAAACCUUCAUCUGAAUUAUCAGGUGCACCAUUAGAGCAACAUGUUGAAGCAAUUCCUACAGGAUACUAUGAAAAAUUAGUUGAAAAAGAUGAACCAUUAAAAACAGUUGAUGUAAAAGAAAUUAAAGAACCAAGAGAAUCGCUUUUAGAAAAAGGAAAGCAUCUUAAAGAUGAUAUUCUUGGAAUGUUUAAAAAAGAUUAUGCAGAUUACCCAGUUUCUGAACCAUUUACGGGUAAAUUAGAAGAAACUAAACCUUCAUCUGAAUUAUCAGGUGUACCACUACAACAACAUGUUGAAGCAAUUCCUUCUGGAUACUAUGAUAAAUUAAUUGAGAAAGAUGAACCAUUAAAAACAGUUGAAAUAGAAGAAAAAAGAGAACCAGGUGAAUCACUUUUAGACAAAGGAAAACAUUUGAAAGACGAAAUUCUCGGAGUAUUUAAAAAAGACUACAGUGAUUAUCCAGUUUCAGAACCAUUUACUGGCAAAUUAGAAGAAACUAAACCUUCAUCUGAAUUAUCUGGUGUACCAUUAGAGCAACAUGUUGAAGCAAUUCCUACAGGAUACUAUGAAAAAUUAGUUAAAAAAGAUGAACCAUUAAGAACAGCUGAUGUAAAAGAAAUUAAAGAACCAGGAGAAUCAUUUUUAGAAAAAGGAAAACAUCUUAAAGAUGAUAUUCUUGGAAUGUUUAAAAAGGGUCAUGGUGAUUACCCAGUUUCUGAACCAUACAUUGGUAAAUUAGAAGAAACUAAACCUUCAUCUGAAUUAUCAGGAGUUCCAUUGGAUCAACAUGUUGAAGCAAUUCCUUCUGGAUACUAUGAUAAAUUAAUUGAGAAAGAUGUACCAUUAAAAACAGUUGAAGUAGAAGAAAAAAGAGAACCAAGUGAAUCACUUUUAGAAAAAGGAAAACAUUUGAAAGACGAAAUUCUCGGAGUAUUUAAAAAGGAUUACAGUGAUUAUCCAUUUUCAGAGCCUUACCUUGGAGAAAUUGAUAACAUUAAUGGUUCAGAAACUGGGUAA